AUGGCUCAACCUGCCGACACCGAUCAGAUCACCCAGCUCAAUGCUGCCCGUAACCUCGUCCUCAGCGACGCUGCCUUUUACCCGCAGAUCGUGAACGGCAUCCUCCCCAUCGUUGGAGCUAAUACCCGACUCGAGCUACGAAGAUGGGGUGCAGACUUCCUAGCUGAGACCUUUGCUAGUCCGGUACUUGCUGUAGCCCAGAAGGAGCAGCUUGCUCCCAAUGUCUUGCAGACAAUUCGAGAUAUCCUUGAGCUGCCGGAGAAGGACACUGCGGUACUGCAGAGCUUAGUGCAAACCUCCGCUAGCUUAUACCCGCUUGUAUUCAGACAUAUUGUGAACCACCCCGAUGACAGCAAAACAUGGGAGACUAUGAAUGCUAUCAAGCAGGUCAUCUUCCGCCAAAUGGACUCCUUCCCAUGUCCCGUUAGAAUUUGCUGCGCCAAAUUUCUACAGCGUGUCGUUCAAGUGCAGACUCCGGGUUUGAUCUCGGACCCCAGACGACCGGAACAGAACGAGACCUCCUUAGCUGUUGUGCCUCGUAGCCAUGCUCUUCUAUCAAUUCCGAAUCUAGAAGCUGAAUCAUCGGGUCUGCUUGACCGAUUGCUUGGUGUUUUCCAAGAAGAGAUCAGUGAUGCUCUUCUUGUAAAUGCUACAUUAAACUGCCUCGCACCUCUCAUCCGAACUCGUCAGUCUAUCGCCAAUAAGAUUGUAAAUGCAGUUCUGGAAUUCUAUCCUUCAAAACACGUUCGACCUCCUUUCACUCCGACUGUUCGUGUCAGUGUGAAGUCCAUGGAGAGGACAGCACGAGCUCUGCUUAUCAAUAUCUUAAAAAGGAACCCGAACCACCCCAUGUCUGGUAAAAUGCAGAUGUACAUCGAGCGCUUGAUGCAGUCACGUCUUGAGGCUCCUGAUGAUGCGUCUCGCAAACGUGGGUUGCCCAAUGAGCCCACUGAUGGUCUUGAUAACGCAAAGCGCGCGCGACUUAAUGCUUUGACUCCCCCCAUGCUCAAGAUCCCCCCCAUGGCACCAGGACCCGCAAGCUUUGAUAAGCUUUUCACCAUCACAGAAGACAUCGGACUGUCAUCCUUUGACGUGAAGCAGCUUCCGUUCGAUUUGGUACUCAAGAUCGUCGUGCCCCUCUUGACGCAGGUCCACGACUCGACCCUCACACAGGCUACUGAGGCUAUCCGCACCCGGUUGCAGACAAUCACCAAGGAACAAAACAUGCAGCGCCAACAUCAACAGCAAGCAGCUGCAGCUGCCGACGAUGACGAUGACUACGAACCCGAAUAUCAACCCAUGGAUGCGGCAUCCACCAUCUCCGAGGAAGCUAGUGCCGUUGCGGCAGAAGUAGCCGAUCUCCAGCCAGACCUCGUAUCUUUGGGGCCAUUCGUUCUGCCUCAACCACCCCCCUUGACCGAAGAAGAAGCCGCAGAGAUUGGCCGCGCUGCCGUUGCACGCGUAUUUGGCAUGUUGAAUGCCGCCGAGUCAGAUCCACCUCCGGCCAAGAACCAACAGAAGCUCGGUUUCGCCCGGCUCGCAGGAAGCACCUUUGACCGGGACGCAUGGACCGUUCUUCUUGCCCGCCUGGCUACACGCGCCCCCGCCGGCCUCGAAGACGACAACGCCAGCAAGACAGACUCGGCUGGACGCCGGCAAAGCACCAUUGCUGAGUCGAUUCGCGAGACGCUCUAUCGGUACAUCCUUGAGGAUUUCCGGGGACGGCUCAACAUUGCAAUUAUUUGGCUUAAUGAAGAGUGGUACAAUGACCGGAUCAAAAUGAGGAGUGCUGCUAAUCAGCGUGCCGGAUCUGAGGAAGAGACUCAGCCGACUGUUUCCUUGCAUUAUGAUACUUGGGUUAUUCGACUUCUUGAUGGUUUCUUGGCUUAUCUUGAUUCUCGCGAUAUCAAGGUCUUGGUUCGCUUCCUCAGUGAAGUCCCUGAGAUCACCAUUCCUAUCACUCAGCGGGUGGCCAGCUUGGCCAAGGAUCCCGAGCGUGUUAACCUUUGCGUUCAAGCUUUGAUGUACUUGGUCAUGUUCCGAAUUCCAGCGCGUGAGAUGUGUUUGAAUACGAUAGAGGAUGUCUACAAGACUUACGAGGAAUCUCAACCUGCCGCCAGGAAGGUUCUUAUGAAGUGGCGGCCAGACAGUGCAGUACUAGCAACUGCAAAUGGCGAAGAGUCAUCGGUCGCACCUUCGCAGCCUGAUACCCUGCCCACUUCAGCUGCGGAAUAA